GUUCCUGCAUUAGAGCGGCCCCAUCGCGCUGCAUCUCCAGCCUCUUCUUUCCGUGCUGCGACGUGGCAGCUUGCUUGCGGACCACCGACUUGACUAGGUGGGCCACCUCCUAUGCGUCUUCUCCUACCUAAUAGUCGAGUGGAUCCUAUAUAUCUGGUUCCAUAUCCGCCUAGACGAUGCGAUUCUACCAUUGCCUCGGCCACCAAGGACGGGACGCCUGCUGUCCCAAGUUCUUAUCGUCUUCCAAGGCACUACUCGACCUGUGACGCCACAGAGAACACUGCGAGCAACUCUUCGACACGCGUAGUCCUACACAACCUUCACGAUGAAAUCUCAGCUCGUGCUGCUAGACGUCACCAUUGUGAUUGUGGCAGAGGGAGCGUUUCGCCCGUCUUCUGCGUCGGCCCGUUUGCAAUCGAUCGUGGGUAGUCCUGAAGUUCGUGUAGGUGCAACAGCUCAUCAG